GGCUGGCCAGGGCCUCCAUCUGCCUCCUGGCGCUUCUCGCCUGCCAUCCAGCGCAGGUGCGUGUCUUUUCGCUGCCAAAGCUGCAGCCUUCCAGGCAUUUCCAGCGCAGCCUGCUGCGAACCAGCGGUCUCGUACUGCUGGAGCACCUUGCUGCCGCUCACCCUCUGCAUGCCUCUGCAGCAGCGUCUGCGAUUUUCCGGGGUGAGAUUCGAAGGAGCCCGACCGACCAGCGACAGUACUGCGCGCUCUCCCUGGCCAAUGGCCUUCGCGUGCUGCUCGUCAGUGAUGCGACAGCCACGGCCUCGGCAGCAGCGCUCUCUGUGCACGCAGGCUUUUACUUAGACCCGCCCGAUUUGCCGGGCCUGGCACAUCUCUGCGAGCACAUGCUUUUCUUGGGGACGGAGGACUACCCGGAGGAGAACUCGUUUCGCCUCUUCCUGUCGGACAAAGGUGGCAGUCUCAAUGCGUUCACAAGGGAGCAGGAGACGACGUACUACUUCGACGUUUCGCCGGCAUCACUGGUCGAGUCCCUGAGACGCUUCGGCUCCUUCUUCACUUCCCCGCUCUUCGCCGAGUCCUCCCUAGACCGCGAGGUCCAGGCCAUUGAGGCAGAGGAUGCCAAGAACCGGCAAAGUGAUUCAUUUCGCUUCAACCAGCUCGUCAAGCUCUUCGCUACAGAGGGGCAUCCGCAAAGAAAGUUCGGCGCUGGGAACCUUCGCACCCUGGCAGAGCCCGCGCGUGAUGGGCGCGCGCGGACAGCUUUGCUGGAGUACUUCCAGCAGUACUACGAUGCUGGCCUCAUGGCUCUCUGCGUCCUCGGCCGUGAGUCUUUAGGAGAUCUCAAGAAGGUGGUGGAGCAGAGUUUUGGACGAAUCCGAGGUGCGGGCCUUCGCGCCUCGCCAUUUUUGCCCUGGAGAGGGGUCGAGCCUUUUCCUCCACCAGUGAGGCCUGGUUCCGAAGCUGUGUGGGUCGAGGUGGUGCCUGUGGCCGAACGGCGCAGCAUCUCAGUCAGCUGGCCUUUCCUCUUCCGCAACGAGGACGAAAAACAGGCCUGGAUCCACUGCAAGCCCUUCGCGGUGCUGAGCUUCCUUUUGGGCCACGAGGGGCCCUCUUCGCUUCUCAGUCGGUGGCGACGACGUGGCUGGGCGACUGGCGUUUUGGCCGGCGCCGUGCGGGAGGACGACAACUUUGUCUUGCUGAAAGUCGGAGUGGACGUGACGCAGGAGGGCCUCUCGCGCCGGGACGACAUCAUCGAAGGCGUCUAUGGCGUGCUGAGGCAGCUGGAGCGCGAUGGGAUCCCUGCGUACCUCCUGGACGAAAGCAGCACCAUGGCCGAGAUCCGCUUUCGAUUUCAGGCCAAGCCAGCUGCUGCCACCAGCGCAAUCACCUUUGUGGAAGCCAUCCAGCGUGGAUACGGGCCAGCGAACUACGUUUGCGGCCCUGCUCUGCCUUUGCCACUCCCGGGCGCGCCGCCGCUGUCGCAGCAGCUGGCGGCCGUGAUCUCGCAGAUGAGGCCCGAGCACGCGUCCCAGUAUGCCACCAGCAAAGAUUUCAAGGCCAAAGCGACCGCCUCUGAGCAGUGGUACGGGACGAGCUACGGCUUCGCUGCCGUGGAGGACGGAACCCUUUCACGCUGGCGCGACCCUGGCGUGGUACCAGGCUACGCCGUGCCGCCUCCCAACCGAUACAUUCCGAGAGAUUUCUCGCCACGGAAUGCGCAGGUGCCAGCGGCCGAGCGAGCAGAGGCUAUAGCAGAGCCUCCCCGCGUGCUCCAGGACGACGAGCGGUGGCAGAUCUUCUACAAGGGCGAUCGAUGCUUCGGCAUUCCCAAGGCGGUCGUCCUCAUUUUCCUGGGGAUGCCAGAUGACACCGUGGAGGAGGAUGCGGUGCCGUCGCGGCUCUGGCUGCUGGCGUUGACGGACUACCUUUCCGAGAUGUUCUACGAUGCCAGCUACGCGGGCUUCCAGUUCCAAGUGUCGAAUGAGAUCGACGGCCUCUCCAUCCAGUUCGCAGGCUUCAGUGACAAGCUGGUCUUGCUCGUCGAGAAGGUCCUGGCCGCGUUGUCAGAUUUUCAAGGUCCUUCCGAUGAGGACUUUGCCGAAGUCUUGGACCGCACGCGACGUGAGCAGAAGUCAUUUGAUGCGCAGCCGCCCUACCAGUACGCAUCCUACACCGCUCGCAUCGCGACUCAUUAUCCGGACUACUCCAUCGAGUUUCUCCGGAAGCAAACUGACAAGGCUUCAGCGGGCGCAGCGCGCGCCUUUGGCGCCAGACUCCGUGGGCGGACGCCCUUCUACGGCCAGGCCCUGCUGCAGGGAAACCUGGCGCCCGCCGACGCGGCGGAGAUCCAGCGGGUGCUCAACACCAUGCCCUUUGAGCCGCUCCCCCGUGCGCAGCGGACGCGGGUGGCGGUGGUGAAGCCCCCCAUAAACGGAGCCCUCGUGAUGCGCUCGAACCCCAAUGCGGCGGAGACGAAUCGGGCGCUCUGGAUCACCUUCUCUACAGGUCCCGAAGCCAAAGUGGUGCUUCUGACGGAGCUGCUGCAUUCGAUCCUGGCCGACCCGUUCUACAAUGAACUCCGGACCAAGCAGCAGCUGGGCUACGUCGUCCUCGCGCAAGCAGACCGCGAUGGUCUGGCAGCGCGCCUGUCGCUGGCAGUGCAAAGCAGCAACCAAGAGCCCGGCAAGCUCUGGGAGGCCAUGCAAACCUUCCUGGCGCAGUUCAAGCGCACCCUCGAGGAGCUUCCCGCCAAGGAGCUCUCGGCUUUCAAGAUCGAGCUGGUGGAGCAGAUCGUGAAGCCGGACGAGCGAUUAGGUGAAGAAGCCAUCCGCUGGUGGGAGGAGAUUCGGUCUCUUCAGUUCAGCUGGCGAAGGCGAAGUGAAGAAGCUAACUUGGUGACCUCCAUCACCAAGGCCGAUCUUGUCAGCUUCUAUGAGAGCCACUUCCUUCCCGGAGGAGCCGAAUAUCGACCAGUCGUCUCUGCCGCCUUUGCGGCGGGGGCUGGUCGGGACGCCGCCGAGCGCGCGCUGGCGGCGAAGUUCACUGCGCAGGGAGGCGUCGUGAUCCAGGACUCUGAGCAGUUCAGCAAGAUGAGCCCAAAGUGGCCUGUGGCAGAGAGGUCGCCGUACGAGUCUCUCUGA